UUGACGGCCACCACCGCUCUGCCCAUCACUUCACUUCUCUCAUAAUUCACGCUUCUGGCAGUGGGAGGCGCAGAGCGGGCCUUCCAUCUCCGCUUCUUCCUUUGGCCAGUUUUCGGGAAGAACAGAGGAGGUAAGGGAUCCAUUCUGAUGCUAUAUAGUUGCUGCUUAGUCUGGUUUGUGCGUUUGAUCUUGUCUGGAAACUGCAAUGGCCACAUUGAAUGCCACCCACUUGGUAUCAGGCGCAUCUCACUUUAUAUCCAGCGGGGCCUGUGACUCUGAGACAGUGCCAUUUGCAAACAAUGUUGCUGUUCGCAGAUCCCUUCUUCAAAAUCACCAACUCAAGUCAUACAACGGAUUGAGAUCUUCAAGUAUAGCUGAUUCGCUAGCAUGCACCAAAGCAAUUUCCAACCAUGCUGCCAGAACAGGGUUUAAGCAGGAGGGUGUGAGGACCAAUGGCGCCAAAGCAAUGUCCAACCAGUCUGAGAGAACAGGUUUUAAGCAAGAGGUUGUGAGGACCGAUGGGGCGAUCGAGUGCAACAAGUCAGGGAUGACUGUUGUAUUGGUCACUGCUGAAGUGGGUCCAUGGAGUAAAACCGGAGGGCUUGGUGAUGUGCUCUCUGGACUUCCUCCAGCCCUGGCUGCUAGAGGCAACCGCGUCAUGACAGUCGCGCCGCGUUAUGAUCAGUACAGAGAUGGAUGGGACACUAGUGUGCUGGUUGAGUUGAAGGUCGGUGACAGAAUUGAAACUGUGAGGUUCUUCCAUUGCUACAAGAGAGGAGUUGAUCGUAUUUUUGUUGAUCACCCUAUGUUCCUGGAGAAGGUAUGGGGAAAAACUAGUGGCAAGAUAUAUGGCCCGAAGACAGGAGAAGAUUACAAGGACAACCAGCUAAGAUUUAGCCUGUUGUGCCUGGCAGCUCUUGAAGCCCCAAGAAUACUCAAUCUGACUAACAAAUAUUUCUCUGGUCCUUAUGGAGAGGAUGUUGUUUUUGUUGCCAAUGACUGGCACACUGCUCUGCUUCCAUGCUACUUGAAAAGUGUGUAUCAAUCAAAAGGGAUGUAUACAAAUGCAAAGGUUGCAUUUUGCAUCCAUAAUAUGGCCUACCAAGGUAGGUUUGCAUUUGCAGACUUCCGGCUUUUAAAUCUUCCAGAUCACUUCAGAAGUUCCUUUGACUUCAUGGAUGGCUAUAAGAAGCCUGUGGUAGGCAGGAAAAUUAAUUGGAUGAAGGCUGGAAUAUUGGAAUCGGACAUCGUUCUGACAGUGAGUCCAUACUAUGCGCUCGAAAUUAUAUCUGGGGCAGCCAAAGGAGUGGAACUGGACCACAUCCUUCGGACAGUUAAGUUACUAGGGAUAGUUAACGGGAUGGAUGCAAUCGAAUGGAAUCCGAGAAUGGACAAAUAUAUCGACUUAAACUAUGACGAUACAACUGUGUCCAAGGCCAAGCCUAUUCUGAAAGAAGCACUUCAAGCAGCAGUUGGGCUGCCUGUGGACAGGAACGUCCCAUUAUUUGCCUUCGUUGGUAGGCUUGAAGAGCAGAAAGGUUCUGAUAUCCUAGCGGCUGCUGUGCCUGAGUUUAUUGGGGAGAACAUUCAAUUAAUUGCUCUUGGAACGGGGAAAAAGCACAUGGAGAAGCAGCUUGAAGAGUUGGAAGUUUUGUACCCAGAUAAGGCCAGGGGAGUAGCUAAAUUUAAUGUACCUCUUGCCCAUAAGAUAAUGGCGGGGGCAGACUUUAUCUUGAUUCCCAGUAGAUUUGAACCUUGUGGGCUUGUCCAGCUACAAGCAAUGCCAUAUGGAACGCCAUGUCUUGUCACCACUACCGGUGGACUGGCCGACACAGUUAAGGACGGGUUUACUGGAUUUCAGAUGGGUGACUUCAACGUGGAGUGUGAUGCUGUCGAUCCAGCGGACGUGAAGGCAGUUGUAGCCACAGUGAAGAGAGCACUGGCUGUUUAUGGAACACCUGCUCAUAAGGAGAUGAUCAAGAACUGCAUGGCCCAAGACUUUUCAUGGAAGGGCCCUGCGAAGGUAUGGGAAGACACGUUGCUGAGUCUUCAGGUUGCAGGCAGUGAGCCUGGAUUCGAAGGGGAGGAGAUCGAACCCCUCGCCAAGCAUAAUGUUGCCACUCCUUGAACAAGUGGAUCCUUGUUCCUUCGGAAUCUACUAACUGAUGGCUGCUAAUUGAAACUUCCCUUGGAAAUAAUAGUAGUAGUACUGCCUUGUCUCGCUAAAGUAGGCUGCAAAGGUGUCGGUAUCAGCUUCUCUAUGCAUGUAUAUCCGGGUUAAUGCCUGUAUCUUGGUAUCCUAUUCUAGUUGUUCUUUCGCAUCUGCCUCCUCUAGCGCAAAGAUGUAGCGGACCAAGUUGCCAUCUGAACAUGGAGCCUAUUCUGGUUCUUUUGCAAUACAUGUAUAUCCGGGUUAAUGUUGCCACGGGAAUGAAUAUAGAUAUUAGAUGGGUCUAA